AUGGAUUUCUUCGCCCGUGUGAACGAGCGACUGCUCCAGCCGGUGAAGCCAAAGAGCCACCUCCGUCCCUAUUUUGAAGCCCAUCUCCUAUUCCAAGACACCUACCACAGCCCUCCGACCUCGCCAGAGUCGUCGCCCGAGCCCGAUGAAAGAGCUGUGCGGCCGAACCCCGCAUUUAGGAAGAAGAGAAAACAUGAGUCCGAUGACGAGGGGUACACAUCUGGCCAACCCAACAAGAGGCGGAGAACGGGUUUGGCCCUGGGUAUCAGCACUGUUCCCACACCGCCAACGGUAGAGGACUCUGCUCCUGCUUCGCCAACGCGAUUGCGGCGCGUCGAGACACAAGACAGCGCAUAUCAUGAGGACGAGGUCCAACAAGAGACUCGCACGAACGUCGGGCCAUCACCACCUAUGUCUCCGGAAGCAGAAUAUCAACCGCGAAAGUGGGCAAGGAAUGUUACUCCGUGUGCAUUCGCGAACCAAGAGUGCGAGAGGGCUACUGGGAACCUGGCAUCGAUGAAGAUAGGGAAAUAUUCUCUGAGGUGGACUGCUGCCCGCGCAAGACAGGCUGAUGGGUGA